UCAGUCCCUCCGACACCGUCGCACUAUACACCUGUGCACCGCGUACCGACACAGACGCACGCGCACCCGCUCAGCCGCACGCAAGCGCAUCAUCUACUUACUCCGUUCGACAUUAUUUCAGAGGUACGCGCUGCCUUUAUCAACGCUGUCAUUAUUGUAUUAGGAAGUGAUAUUAUCUUAUAUUUUUGUUAUGAGCCGGCACGUGUGCCUGGCGGCUGUCGCCAUGAUGGCUGUACUCUGCGUUGCUGAUGCCCAAAGGCGUCUUGCAUUACCAGACCCAAGAAGCUGUGCAAACCGAGUACGUCACUCAACCUACCGCGAUGCCCGAGGAGUUCUUCACUCGUAUUUCUUCAGCUGGGAGCAUGCCCCAACACGUAACCUGGAAGUGGACUGGCUUGACGCUAGAAACAUCUGUCGCCGUCAUUGCAUGGAUGCCGUGUCGCUGGAAACCCCACAGGAAAAUGAGUUCGUAAAACAAAGGAUUGCACGCGGCAACGUCCGGUACAUUUGGACCUCUGGUCGUAAGUGCAACUUCGCCGGUUGCGACCGCGCUGACCUGCAGCCCCCCAACGUGAACGGCUGGUUCUGGUCGGGCUCCGGCGCUAAAGUUGGACCUACCACCCAGAGGAACACCGGUGACUGGUCCUACACUGGAGGAUAUGGCCAACCUCAGCCUGACAACCGUGAAGCCGCCCAGGGCAACGACGAAUCGUGCCUGGCGAUCCUGAACAACUUCUACAACGACGGCAUCAAGUGGCACGACGUGGCCUGCCACCACGUCAAGCCGUUCGUCUGCGAGGACAGCGACGAGCUGCUCAACUUCGUGCGCUCGCGCAACCCUGGCCUCCGCCUAUGAAACUCCAAUCGUAUUGCACUCUCGCCUUCUAAAACUUUAGAUGGCUGACAUUGUACAAAACCAAGUGUCUAUCUAUUAUUAAGUUAUUUAUUAAAUUAACAAAUUGUUCACAA